AUGGCGCACGCACGCAUUCAGAAUGCGUUGAGUAAGCACCACUACAAUUUUCUCAAAAAGGUUGGAGAAGGUUCUUUUGGCGCGGCGAUUCUUUGCCAGCACGAUUCUGAAAAGGAACGAGACACCAAGGCAAUUGUAAAGAUGAUUGACAUCAGUCGUGCCAGCAAGCAAGAAAAGGACGAUGCCUUGAAAGAAAGCAAGGUGCUAGCGUCCUUGAAGCACCCUUACAUUGUGAGGUAUAGAGAGAGCUUCCAUGAGGACGGAUGGCUUUGUAUCGUCAUGGACUACUGUGAGGGUGGCGACCUGGCCGGAAAGAUUAAGAGCGCAAGGUCGUCUUCCAAAAUCUUUCCACAAGAUCAGGUCGUGCGAUGGUUUACUCAGGCUAUCUUGGCACUGAAGUAUAUCCAUGAUCUCCACAUUCUUCAUAGAGAUCUGAAGUCCGGGAACUUCUUCUUAUCCAAAAGUGGAAAUAUCAAAAUGGGCGACUUCGGCAUCGCCAAGGUGCUGGAGUGCACCGCAGCGUGUGCACAAACCCAGAUCGGCACGCCAUACUACCUUUCACCGGAGAUUUGUCAAGGCAAGAAUUAUGCCUGGAGCUCUGACAUUUGGAGUAUGGGCUGCAUCCUCUACGAGAUGUGUGCCAGGAAAGUGCCAUUUGAUGCACCAGACCUGAAAAGCUUGAUUCAUCGAAUCACUAAAGAACAGGCACCAGAGAUUCCUUCAGACUAUGGAGUUGGCGUAAGAAGUCUUGGGAAGGAGCUGUUGGACAGAGAUCCCAACAAAAGGCCACCGGCAGCUGAAAUUCUGAAGCGGCCUGUGAUUCAGGAGAUGGUGAGAAGGAUGCUAGAUGAAGUGAAAGGCGACGAGGAAGGCGAUAAACCAGUGCCACCUGCGCCACCAGCACCACCUCCAGCCGAUGGUGCUCCUGCAUCUGUGGCUGGACCCUAUGGUAGCUACGCUGGGAAAUACAGCAAGAACGAGCUGGUAGAGUACUACAGCGAGACGCACGGUGAAUGGCUCCCUGCGACAGUGACCGCGAGCAAUGAUGAUGGCCGCGUCCAGCUGAAUGUGAAACCAGGUGUAUGGAUCUCUUUGGAGAUUCAGGGUGCAAAAGUGCGGCCUCGGCAUACCGCGACUCCUGCGGCUCCGGCAGCUCCUGCGGAGCUCACAGCCGCCACCUGGAGCUAG